AUGCAAAGAGCCAUAUACGUUAGAGAAGUAAAAAGUAUGGCAGAAAUUGAAGUACCCCCAGUUAGAGCACCUGAACCAAUUACAAUAUCAGUUGUUGCUGCACGAAAUUUAAGAGGUCAAAAAGGUGAUGCUGUGAGUUUUGUUGUAAAAGCAGAAUUUGGUGAGAAAAUAUUGGGAGAGUCACAGAAAAUUGACAGCACAGGUGAAGGCGCAGCAGAAAUAAAUUUCAACGCUGUUUUAAAUUGUUGCUAUGACGAUCCCCAAGCUUUGGAUGAAAUAGCACACAAACCAGUUGUCUUGACAAUUGUUGAAGUUUUACCAAAAGAAAAGCGACAGAAAGAAGAAAAAACUUAUUUAUUGGGGCAAUGUACAGUAGAUUUAUUACCCUUAGUUAGAGGAGAGACUAAAGCUAACUACACAUUAAUUGUGAAUACCCUGCCUGGUUCUCCUUUAGAAAACUCAGAUAUUCCAAAGGCUGAACUUGAUGUCAAUCUAUCAACACAAGAACCUCUACUUAGUGAUAAACAUCUAAAAGAUGGUAACUUAAUGAAAAUAACAAUAGAGAAUUUGUUAUCACCACCAGAAUCUUGGAUGUUAUCUGGAGCUCAAUAUUAUUUUGCUGCUGCUUUACCUAUUCCAGUUACUGCUGAUAGAGAAGCACCAGUUGUUUUUGCAAAUGGUCAGUUGAAGCCAGGGUCAGAAAAAGAAUUACCCAAUAAAAAUAAGAAGUGGGGUUCACCUGGUACAGCUCAAGGAAAUUCCAUUUUUAUACCAAAUAGCUAUAUAGUUAAUGAACCUAUUGAAGAUGAAGAUGGAGACUAUAGAGCUAAGGAUGACAGAGAAUUUCGUCAUAUAGCAGACGCAGAAAAGAAUAGAGUUGCCUGGACAACAGAACGCAGAUGUUUCUUAGAAUGUACUGCAGCUAAAAGCUUUCAAGAUGAAAUAGCCAAAAAUCGCUUAUGGCCUGUAGAAAUUAUGAGAUUGGCUCAGGCACCAGGAGCUAAAGGUAAAAAGGAAGAUGAAGGUGGAAUUAAUUUUCAUGGUAUAGCAUUUGUCAACCUUGCUCCAUUAUUGUAUCCAGGAGUGAAGAAAAUUAGAGGAGCUUAUAAAGUUUAUCCUUACAGUGAUCAUAUUUUACAUGAAAAGACUAAAAGAAGAAGUGGUAUAACAGACGAUGCAGCUAAGAUUGCCAUGAAUAUUUUACAUCAUAAUUCCUCUUCUCCUUCUCCAAAAAAAGCAGCAAAAGAUAAAGAACCUGAGAAAAAAGAGAUCAAGAAAGGGACUUCUCAGACAUUAAAGUCUGAUACUGGUUCAGAAUUGGAUGGUCAAGCUCCUAUUAAUGCUGAAGGUCAAAUGUAUGUAGAAGCAAGAUCAUUUAUUAUGUUAGAGAUAGAGUUAGAUCAUCCUCUUAUACCAAAACGUAAACCAGAAGAACUAGCUAGAAAAGUAGCUGAAUAUAUUCCACCAAGACCAAUGUUUCCUAAACGUACAGAUGGAGCAGCUAGGGCUGUAGAAGAUUACCAGGGACAAGUUGCACGUGUUGCUAAUCUUAUUUUAGAUGAAUUCAGAGUAAUAUAUAAUGAUGAAGAUGGUACAACAGAUCCGAAUGAAAGUAUGGAAUCAAAGCGUCAAAAGUUGAUUUAUGAAUUGAAUUCAUCAGGAAAAUAUUUUGCUUUUAAAGAACAACUAAAACACUCAGUGGUGAAGAUUGUAAGAGAAAAAUAUUUGAAAACUACCAACUUUGAUGAUAGACAAGAAUUACAGACAUUUUUAAGUGAACUUUAUGUGUAUCUAGUUGAUCAGAUGCAUGUAGCAUUAGGUAAUGUAUUGGAAAUAGAAGAUCAACCUCCUGUACCAGAACCAAUAACUGAUUCAGUACAGUUAAAACAUUUUGCUAGAGAAGCUGUAAUGAAUGAAGAUUAUGCACUAGCUGCUAAAUACUAUCAAGAGAGAAUUGCCCGUGAAAAGAAUAAUGCUGACCACUGGUAUGAUUAUGGUACUUUUAAUCUUCAUAUAAAUUCUGUAACCAAGGCAGAAGAAUGUUUUAAAGAAUGUAUAUCAAUAAAUCAAAGGCAUUUAUCUGGGUUGUUAAUGUAUGGUGUUGUUUGUAAUCUCUUAGAUAGAAAUGAAGCAGCUGAAACAUUCUUUGAGGCUGCGACUAAUGUUGAUCCAAAAUGUAUAAGAGCAUGGACAAUGCUAGGUUUAUUCUAUUAUUCUAUUGGUAAUGAUAUUGGAGCUGAAAUGGCUUAUCUUGAAGCAAACAAAUUGAAUCAUGCUGAAGCUGUAUCAUCAGUUAAAGUUGAUGGUGCUGUAGAGAAAUUAGAUACAGAGGCACCACUUGAUACUGACCCUACUAAAGAUGGAGAGCUUUCUGGUGAAGGAGGUUUAUCUGUACCACAUUCUGAUGGUAAAACAGUAUCAACUCCAGAGGGCACAACAUAUUCAGCAAAAUCAUCUCAUAAAGGUCUUGAUAAACGUGCUUCAUCAACUAAAAAAUCAGAAAAAAUUGGUUCAGCACUAAAAACUAAAGGACCAGAAAGUGCACUAUCAGUUUCCCGUCCACCAAGUCAACAAAAAGUAGUAAGUCAACGUGGCACACCAUUGCUUACAGAUGAUGUGGUUGAUGAUCCUCCAUCAAGAGAACCAACACCUCUGCCAUCUUGUAGUAUCUAUAUGCAGACAGUAGAUUGGUUAUUAGAAGCUAAAGCAGUAUCGUUUGCAGAAAGAGCUUUAGCUCAUGAGUUGUUAUUACCAUGUACUGAUAUGAUUCAAGGACCUUCCAUAGAUUAUCACAUAGCUUUAGCUAGAUUGAAUAUACAGAAAAGAAAGUUUACAGAGGCUGCGGAAUCUUUAACAAAAGCUCUAGAAAUGGAGCAACAGAAUCCUGAUGGUUGGUCUUUAAUGGGUCAUGUUAAAUUUUUAACUGGAGACACACAAAGUGCUAGAGAUUGUUAUGAAAGAACUACAUCAUUUAUAGGAGAUGCUAUUGAAAUGCAUUCAAUAUAUCUACGUUUAGCAUCAAUAUACCUGCAAGAGUCAAAGUAUCAAGAUGCAAAAAAUACCUUUUUAAUGGCAUGUAGAAAAAAUCCAUCUUGUAUAUCAUGGUUGGGUGUUGGAAUAGCAUGCUAUAGGUUGGGUGAAUUGGUAGAAGCAGAAGAUGCCUUAUCAGAAGCUAAUAUAUUAAACAACAGUGAUCCAGAGGUCUGGGGUUAUUUAUCUUUGGUUUGUUUGAAGACAGCGAGACAAUUAGAAGCUGAACAGGCCUAUAAAUAUGCAGUAAAGCUCAAUUUACAUGAUGAAAAUCUUCUCAAUGAGAUUCAUGAUCUACAGAAGGAAGUUGGUUUUGGAAAUCCCCAGUUUUAA